AUGGACAAGAAGAUGGAUAAUCCGGUCUGUGAGGAGUGCAAGUUGAAUCCAUGGAAGUACAAAUGUCCAGGAUGUUCAAUUCGAUCGUGUGGCCUUGAUUGUGUGAAAUCCCACAAGAAGCGAACAGGUUGUACGGGAAAAAGGAAGCUCGAAUUCGUUCCCAUCUCACAGUUCGACGAUAACAUCCUUCUUUCAGACUACAAUAUGCUUGAGGAAACAAAAAGAGUGGCGGAAUCGUCUCAGAGAAGGAGAAAUAAUUUAUGCAAAUAUUCUUAUCGUCAGGUAUCUGAUGCCUUCCGGAGUCUUCACAAUGCUGCUAAUAGCCGCAAUACAACGCUGUGUUUUCUUCCUAGUGGAAUGUUGAAGAGGGAAAACAAUAAGAGUAGAUACAGGAAAAAGUGCAUCGCAUGGACAAUUGAGUGGCGGUUCCACUCUACAGAUGCGGUUCUUCUUGACCAUGGAGUUGGUGAGGAUACAAGCCUUUGCUCUGUGUUGGAGAAUCAUCUUAUGCCUGGCCCUUGGAUUCACAAGCUGAAGCCAUUUUGCGAUGUGGAUCUUGAUUCUCUCAAACUAUUUAUUCGCAAGGACUCGAUGGGUGGUGCAAAGGGUCCUUUCAAGGAGCUCAACAUCAAAACUCCUCUGAGGAAACAGCUUGCCGGAGUAACUAUCUUAGAGUACCCGGUGAUCCAUGUGUAUCUACCUUCACAGAGCUAUGACUUUGAAGUUAUCAGAUAUGUUGAGCCCACGCCUGAUCCUACCUUUUAUGAUGGUCACGGGAGUACACAAGGUCUAACCUAUGAAAUGGAAGAAGACCCAGAGGUUGUUGAUGACGAGUUUACCAAGAAUUCACAUGCUCAGGAGAUUGAGUUUGAGCAAUUGCCAGUAGACGCGUAUGCGGAGCUUUUUCCGGAUAUGGACCCAGCUACUGAUUGCAACGACGAUGGACUAGAGGAAGGGGAAAUCAUAGAAUGA